AUGCAAUUGGAACUGUUAGAGUCCUUGUUUGACAAGACUUGCAAGACUAAAAAUUAUACUUAUACUUAUGGUACCGCGGGGUUUCGUGAUAAAGCUGCAGUCUUAGAUACUGUAAUGUUUACUACAGGGAUUAUUGCAUCCUUAAGAUCAAUGUCUCAUCAGGGAAAAGCUGUUGGUGUAAUGAUUACUGCAUCUCAUAAUCCACCGAUGGAUAACGGUGUUAAGAUUAUCGAGCCUGAUGGCUCGAUGCUUUCACAAUCCUGGGAAUCUUUAGCAACAAACUUAGCUAAUAUUACAGCAAAUGAAAAUUUUUUAAAAUCAAUUGAAUUUAUUAAAAAUUUAAUUAUUUCAUUGAAUAUAGAUUCAAAUAUAAUUCCAUCAAUUGUCGUGGGAAUGGAUUCUCGUGAAUCUUCUCCAAGAUUAAUGAAUUGCUUAUUAUCAACUUUAUCUCCAAUAUUUAAUGCAAAAAUUAUUAAUCAUAAUAUGCUAACUACACCACAAUUACAUUUCUUAACAGCUUAUCAAAAUGAAAAUUGUAAUAUUAUACCAGCUGAAAAAAUUACUGUUAAUCAAUAUGAUACUAAUUUUCAAACUGCUUUUAAUGAUUUAUUAAAAUUAUAUGAAAUUAAAAAUUUUAAUAAUUGUUUUAAUAAUCUUAUUGUCGAUUGUGCAAACGGAAUUGGUGCACCACAGUUUGAAAAUUUUAUUAAAGGUUUACCACAGUCAAAUUUAAUUAAAUUUAUUAACAAUAAUUAUAAACAUCCUGAUACUUUAAAUAAUUCAUGUGGUGCAGAUUUUGUUAAGACUCAACAAAAAUUACCAGCUGGUGUUAAUGAUGAUCCAUCUUUAUUAACCGAUUCAAACUUAUAUUGCUCAUUUGAUGGUGAUGCAGAUAGAAUUAUUUUUUAUUAUAUUGAUCAAACUAAUAAAUUCCAUUUAUUAGAUGGUGAUAAAAUUGCAACUUUAUUUGCUAAAUUUUUGAAAAAAUUAUUAUUAUUGGCAAAUUUAAAUGAUAUUAAAUUAGGGAUUGUUCAAACUGCUUACGCAAAUGGUAGUUCCACUACUUAUGUAAGUAAUACUUUAAAUGUUCCCGUUUCAUGUACUAAGACAGGUGUUAAGCAUCUUCAUCAUGAAGCUCAAACUGCUUAUGACAUUGGUAUUUACUUUGAAGCCAAUGGUCAUGGUACAAUUUUAUUUUCAAAUAAUUUUUAUUCAAAAGUUCAAUCAUGUCUUGAAAUUACUAAAGAUGAAUCAAUUACAAAAGCUUGUAAGACUCUUUUAGCAUUCUCAAAAGUAAUUAAUCAAACAGUUGGUGACGCAAUUGCUGAUUUACUUGGAGUCGUUGCAACUUUAUUGAUUUCUGAAAUGAAACCAUAUCAAUGGGAUCAACAAUAUACUGAUUUACCAAAUUUGUUAAGUAAAGUAAUUGUUCCAGAUAGAAAUGUAUUUAAGACAACAGAUCAAGAAAGAAAGUUGACAAGCCCACCAGGUUUACAAAACAAAAUGGAUACUUUGAUUAAUAAAAUUGAAAUGGGAAGAGCUUUUGUCAGAGCUUCAGGUACUGAAGAUGCUGUAAGAAUUUAUUGUGAAGGGAAAAAUGCAGAAGAUGUUAAAAAACUUUCAAAGGAUAUUGAGGCUUUGAUUAUGGCUGAAGUUAACUAA